AUGGCAAACGCAUCAAGAAUUCCUAUUACUGACUUCCCUAUAUUCAUGAAACUUGUCCCAGAGUUACGGAGUAAGAUAUGGCUUGCUACAUUGCCAGAUACUAUUAAACCAGCUUUAUUCCGAUACAAAAAGGGAUGUUGGCACCUUCUUCAUCUUACGAAAUACGAUCCAUGUGGUCAAUAUAACCGGCGGGAUGACACGAAGAACAUGCGUUUAGAGUUCCGCCACAAUAUGUUAGGCCAUGUACAAAUAGAGACGCGCCUAGUAUCGGUUAAUCACGAGGCUCGCGAAGUUGCUGUGAGAUGGGCUCAAAAAAAGGGUUUUGUUGUUCAGAGAAUUGAAGGGUAUCCCAUAAUGUCAUGUCCUUUCAAUCCGGGACGUGAUAUACUAUACAUUCCACAUGAUGAAGUGGCUACGUUUAUGGAUGAACCAAUUGAUAUACUUAACAAGGUAGACCCGGCCAAUAGGGAACCCUUGCCAAGAACCUUCGUUAAGAAUUUCGCUAUAAUGGAGGUAUCAAUGUGGACCCAUGGACCUGCAUUUCUAGGAAGACUUUUCAAGCAUUUCGUGCCGAUAGGAAUGUUGGUCAUUCUCAUCCCUACGGAGCUAGGAACGAAAUUUGCUGAUCGGUAUUUAAAUCUACAAGAGCGAUGGGAGUUCAGAAAAGGAGGAGCCUGGGUCUGGGACAACAAAAAAAACCUAUGGAACGGUCAUGGUAGACGGUUUCAUGACAAAUUGCAGUUUUACGGUGUUUUAGACAGAUCGAGACAUGACUAUCGAAGGGUACUUGCAGACGAUGAUGGCUCCGACUUCAAGCUUCAAGCUGGUGCAGCCAUUCCAUCAAGACAUAGAAGAAGUUUUUAUUAA